AUGUUUUCCCAGCAGCCACAAGACCUGGUGGUAGUGGCUGGCCAGCCUGUCACGUUACCAUGCACAAUCCCUGGUUACCAUGGCGUUGUCCUGUGGAUCAAAGAUGGCCUGGCGCUGGGGGUUGGCAGGGACCUCUCUGGCUAUCCUCGUUACACAGUGAUUGGCGACCACGGUUCAGGAGAGCAUCAUUUGCGAAUCCAGCAUGUCGAACUGAUGGAUGACGCUGUGUUUGAGUGCCAGGCCGUCCAGGCUGCCAUGAGGUCUCGUCCUGCCCGCCUCACUGUGCUGGUUCCCCCUGAGGAUCCAGUCAUCAGUGGAGGGCCGGUGGUGAGCCUAAGGGCUGGUGACCCACUCAAUCUGACCUGCCAUGCUGACAACGCCAAGCCGGCAGCCUCAAUCAUCUGGAUCCGCAAUGGAGAGGUCCUUAAUGGGGCCAUGUACUCCAAGACCUUGCUCCGGGAUGGCAGGAGAGAAAGCACCGUGAGCAACCUCUACCUAUCGCCUUCCAACAUCGAGACAGGCCAGCAGAUCAUCUGUAAGGCAUCAAACAAGGCAGUCCCCAAUGGCAAGGAGACCAGUGUCACUAUUGACAUCCAGCAUCUUCCACUUGUCAAUCUCUCAGUGGAGCCUCAGCCUGUUCUAGAGGGCAACCUUGUCAAAUUCCACUGUUCUGCAAAGGCCAACCCUCCUGUUACACUGUACAGGUGGGCCAAAGGAGGAAGUAUAAUCAAGGAGGUCUCUGGAGACACGUAUGAGGUCAUUGUGGACCACUCCUUCUUUACAGAACCCGUCUCCUGUGAGGUCACCAACCCUCUCGGCAGCACCAACAUCAGCCGCAAUGUUGACGUCUACUUCGGCCCUCGCAUGGCUGCGGACCCUCAGUCCUUACAGGUGGACCUUGGAUCUGUCGCUGUGUUCAACUGCGCCUGGACUGGAAAUCCCUCUCUUACCAUAGUGUGGAUGAAGAGGGGAUCUGGAGUGGUUCUUAGCAACGAAAAUCUUCUGACAUUGAAAUCCGUGAGACAGGAGGAUGCUGGGAAAUAUGUUUGCCGUGCCGUGGUCCCACGAGUAGGAGCAGGAGAGAGGGAAGUUUCACUCACUGUCAAUGGACCACCCACCAUCUCCAGCACACAGACUCAGCAAGCUUUACAUGGAGAAAAAGGACAAAUCAAAUGUUUUAUUCGAAGUACACCUCCUCCAGACCGCAUUGCCUGGUCAUGGAAAGAAACUGUGUUGGAGUCUGGAACAUCUGGCCGUUACACUGUGGAGACCGUCACCACAGAAGAAGGAGUGAUUUCCACACUGACCAUGAGUAACAUUGUCCCAGCUGACUUCCAGACCAUUUAUAACUGCACUGCGUGGAACAGCUUUGGCUCUGAUACUGAGAUCAUACGCCUUAAGGAACAAGGUGGGAGCCAAGUGGCGGUGAUCAUCGGCAUUGCUGUGGGAGCUUUUGUGGCUCUCAUCGUCCUCAUGGGCACCAUUGGAGCAUUCUGUUGCACCCGCUCCCAGAGAAAGGAAGCGCACCUGGUUAUGCCCUCACUGCCCGUCUCCAUCUGUGCUCACCAGAGAGAACUUGCAAGCAAAAUUAAAACAGAAAAUCUAAAAGGAGUCGUGUCGGCCAAAAAUGACAUCCGGGUGGAGAUUGUACACAAAGACCAUAAUGCAGCACGGGAAAACGAAGAGCACACCUCCAUGAAACAACUGAUGGUUGAACGAGGAGAGUUCCAGCAGGAAUCUGUUCUGAAGCAGCUGGAGGUUUUACAAGAAGAGGAGAAGGAGUAUCAGCACAUUAAGGACCCCACAAAUGGCUACUACAGUGUUAAUACCUUCAAGGAGCACCAAACCCCUACCAUGGCAGGGAAUCAAUCCACUGAAGUAAGAAACCCCACCAACACAGGCACCCUGGGCAAACAGCGGGUACCAACAGGCAUGUCCUUCACCAACAUCUAUUCCACUCUGGGAGCAGGUCCCAAUCGUCUGUAUGACUACAGCCAACGCUUUGUGCUGGGCAUGGGCAGCAGCUCCAUUGAGCUAUGCGAACGGGAGUUCCAGCGUGGCUCGCUAAGCGACUCCAGCUCUUUUAUCGACACACAGUGUGACAGCGGCAUUAGCAGCUACAGUAAGCCGGAAGGCUAUGUGCAGUUCGACAAAGACAGCAAGGCAUCAGCCUCCUCCUCGUCCCACUACUCCCAGUCCUCCUCUCAGAACUCAGACCUCACUCGGCCCCUCCAGAAGCGCAUGCAGACCCACGUCUGA